AUGGCUCCUGCUGCGAUAAAAAUCACUUAUGACUUGAAACCACCCGCCGGUGUCGACUAUGGCGAUAAACCUACGCAAAAAUCUCAGGAAUUCCCCAUCGACGCGUCGUCUGGAGGCGAUGCAAACAAUACCGCGUUUUAUACAGCUUUAAGAGCUUCGUUGGACAAGGCAAGGAUUCAAGUCGGCGAAGAGGUUACUGCUUGGAGAGAUGUUAUUGGAAAGGCUGAGCUGAACAAAGAGCCUAAAAAAGUGGUCAGUGAAGAGGACGAGGAAGAGGAGGAAGAAGAGGCAUGA